GUGCAGAACUGCGGCACCGACAAGGAGAAGCGUUACGCCCGGAAGAUCGAACCCAUCCGCCGUAAAGGGAAUUAUCUGCUUUGUUCCCUCCUGCUGGGUAAUGUGCUGGUUAACACCACUCUCACCAUCCUCCUUGAUGACCUCAUCGGCUCCGGCAUCGGCGCCGUCGUCGCUUCCACCAUUGGCAUCGUCAUCUUCGGGGAGAUCGUGCCCCAGGCUCUCUGCUCCCGCCACGGCCUGGCCGUGGGCGCCAACACCCUCGUGGUCACCAAGUUCUUCAUGCUGGUGACCUUCCCCCUCUCCUACCCCAUCAGCAAGCUCCUGGACUGCGUCCUGGGCCAGGAGAUUGGCACCGUCUACAACCGGGAGAAGCUGGUGGAGAUGUUGAAGGUGACGGAACCCUACAACGACCUGGUGAGGGAAGAGCUCAACAUGAUCCAGGGAGCCCUGGAGCUGCGCACCAAGACGGUGGAGGACGUGAUGACCCCGCUGCAAAACUGCUUCAUGAUCAACAGCGACGCCAUCCUGGACUUCAACACCAUGUCGGAGAUCAUGGAGAGCGGCUUCACGCGCAUCCCCGUCUACGAGGACGAGCGUUCCAACAUCAUGGACAUCCUCUAUGUCAAGGACCUGGCUUUCGUCGACCCUGACGACUGCACCCCCCUCAAAACCAUCACCAAAUUCUACAACCACCCCGUCCACGUCGUCUUCCAUGACACUAAGCUGGAUGCCAUGCUGGAGGAGUUCAAAAAGGGGAAGUCCCACCUGGCCAUCGUGCAGAAGGUGAACAACGAGGGCGAGGGAGAUCCCUUCUACGAGGUGCUGGGGCUGGUGACGCUGGAGGAUGUCAUCGAGGAGAUCAUCAAGUCGGAGAUCCUGGACGAGUCCGAUCUGUUCACCGACAACCGCAACAGGAAGCAGGUGGGCAACCAGAAGAACAAGAGGGACUUCUCGGCCUUCAAGGACCCUGUCAACGAGCAGAAGGUGAAGGUGUCCCCGCAGCUGCUGCUGGCCGCUCACCGCUUCCUCUCCACAGGUGAGCUGCUGGAUUUUUUCAGGUGGGGGGGGGGUUGGGGGGAGCUNAAAUGCACCGGAAAAAAAAAAACCCCCCCCCGCCACUUCCUCUACUCCAAAAACAAGGCAGCUGACUACUUCAUCCUCAUCCUGCAGGGCAAGGUGGAGGUGGAAGCCAGCAAGGAGUGCAUGAAGUUCGAAGCCGGAGCUUUCUCCUAUUACGGGGUGAUGGCCAUCAGCCCCGCCCCAGUAGCCGCUGCAGCGGAGGAGCAGGGGGACAGCGCUGGCUGGACGGCUCGGUGUGGUGGCUGUCACCAUUCCAGGUGGACGCGCUCCGACUCCGUGUCCUCCCCCGCCAGCGGCAGCAACAACCAGCUCAGCGCCGGCACUGGUGCCCAGUACGUGGCCGACUUCAGCGUCCGCGCCCUCACCGACCUCCAGUUCGUCAAGAUCACGCGGCAGGAAUACCAGAACGGCCUGAUGGCCUCCCGCAUGGACAGCUGUCCCCAGUCCCCUGACAGCAACGCCCCCAAACCUGACAUCGCUUUACCGGAAAAACCGGAACCUUCCGCUGCCGCCACCACCGACGAGACCACCAGCCUCCUGAACGAGAGGAACUGCCUGAGCCGCCAGAGCAACCACAGCCACCUGGAAAACUCCAUCUGA